AAUGUAUUAUUGACCACAUUGAUUAUUUUGCUCUUGCAUGAUGUCCAAUGUGUCACAGAUACCCCUUUGGCAUUUCUGGCUGCCAAGUUAGCGCUUGGGAUCCCCUUACCUGAGGUGAAGAAUUAUAUAUCCAAAAAGACCACAGCCUGCUCUGAGCCCGGUUUAGACAACAUCGUCACCAAGAUCCCCCCCUGCUGGGACCUGGACCACUUUCAAGCCCUUCGUAGCGGUAUGAGUGUAGAUCUGAUCCAUCAGUUGACAGCCAUUGACAUUGACAUGUGCUUCCUGCACCAACUCCAAAAGAUGGAGCAGCACCUUGCGAAUUACAAAAAGCAUCAACAUGAAGAAUUCUUCUCAGAGUCCACUGUGAACUUAUUCCAACAUGGAUUUCCUUCUCUCACUCUUACUGUUUAAUAAUGGAUGUCUGGUUGUCGUACGGGCAGCCUUUCAUGUGUCAGCUUCUUGUAGUCUGCAUCGCCUUUGGGGUAGAAGCGAUUGAGAUGGACACAUUAUAGUGGGCUGCUGGCAGAUGGACGCCCAACAGAGGCCCCCUUGGUCCACAGUAUCAUUAUCAUUAAAGAGAAAUAUUUUUACAAUAUAGGCAAGUUAUAGGACGAUGCCUGCCUGAAGCAUAUGUGUGAUUCAUAUAAAUUCAAAUUUACUUUCAUGGAACGUCAUCAUGCCAAGUUUAUGUCUUCAUCCUCUUAUGUAAUUUGUUGUGUUGAAGCCAGUUUACAGGGAAUAAGGCAAAUGAUGCUUAAGAGUAUUACCGGUACUUAUGUUUUCCUUUACUGGUGUCAUUUUUUUUUUUUGGCAUCCAGUGAAUGCUGUGAUUGAACUGGAGUGUGAUUAAAGAUUUGUGUGUUCAGGGAGCUCGCAUUAGCAUAAAUCCCACUCUCACAGCUACAUAACCCUGUGGCUUUGUUUUUAAAUGUGGGUGUGGGUAGGCGUGUGGAUAUGUGUGUGUUAGUGGGGGUCUCGCUGGUGUCGGCAUUGGAGCUUGAAGAUAAACCCUGGUCAGGGGAGCAAGCCCAUGAAUAAUGAAGAGAAUUUCCAGGAUUCCACCUGGUAUUGCCAUGGAAACGGCAUCAUGCUGCAUACAGACGAAAAAGGGAGCCGCAAACUGUGAACAAAAGGAGCAGGAAAAAAAUUUUUUUCUUGUGACACACACACUUCCUCGGUUGAUAAACUAAACCCAUGGCACAGCUGAGAUGAACCGUUUUUAGCCGUCUCAUCUUUUCACUGUGUCAUCAGUCUCCAAAAUAAUUAAAAUUGGCCACAGUCUAUAAAUCUUGGUUGAUAGCGGUUUGGCAGUCGGAUAAAGUGUAUUGACAAAG